AGACUAUACACGUAUGACAACAACUGGCGUGCAUUCAAAGCACUCAUUGCCAGUCAAUACAGUGGAGUGGCUGUCGAUGUGGUGAAGGACUUCCAGUUGGGAGAGACCAACACACGGCCCGACUUUCUCAAGAAGUUCCCGUUCGGAAAGGUGCCGGCAUUGGAGACAAAGGACGGCCACUCACUGAUCGAAAGCAAUGCCAUCGCUUUCUAUGUGUCCAACGAUCAGCUGAAGGGAAAGACACCCUUAGAUCAGGCGCUCGUCAUUCAAUGGUUGAGUUUCGCUGACAACGAGAUUAACCCAUCGGCUUAUACCUGGGUGUUGCCCGCGUUGGGCGCCAUUGCCGCCAACAAACAGGCCGUCGACCGCUCCAAGACUGACAUCACGAAGAUAUUAAACUAUUUGAAUGAUUUCCUAUUGACUAAAAGAGCCGACACUUCGACCAAAAAGGAUAAGAAAGAGAAGACUCCAAAGCAGGAGAAACCGAAGGAGAAGAAGGAAGAGGCGGCAGAUUUGGGCGACGAUGACGAGGACAUGCCUUUAGAACCCAAAGCUAAGGACCCCUUCGAAGCCUUCCCCAAAGGGACAUGGGUUAUGGAUGACUUCAAGCGGUUCUAUUCAAACAAUCCCGAAGAGAAGUCAAUCCCGUAUUUCUGGGAGAAGUUUGAUAAAAACAAUUACUCGAUUUGGUUUUGUAAUUAUAAAUACGCCGACGAAUUGACACUCGUUUUUAUGAGUUGUAACUUAAUUGCUGGAAUGUACCAACGAUUGGACAAAAUGCGGAAGAAUGCCUUCGGGAGUAUGAUUCUGUUCGGUGAAGACCACAAUAGCUCCAUCUCUGGCAUAUGGGUCUGGAAGGGACACGAACUCGCCUUCCCUUUGUCGACUGACUGGCAGGUCGACUACGAGUCCUACGACUGGAAAAAGUUAGACCCAAAUGAUCCCAAGACUCACACUAUGGUCAAGGAGUACUUCUCAUGGGAGGGCAACUUCGAUGGCAAAAAGUUUAACCAGGGAAAGAUUUUUAAAUAAAUUGUAAUCAUAAUGACAACUGUUUGGAUAAUAAAAUGAGUUUUUAAUCUAUAAUAA